GCUGCAGUGCCAUCAAUGCGCCAUUUCACCAGGUCUGACAUCCCCUGCUCAGCUGGGCCGGGCCCUUCCACCACCUCCCACGGGGCAGCGCAGCGCGACGCCCGGUGGCCGCUGGGUGGUGCAGCCCCGCUGGGGCGGGCGGGGCCGGGGGCGGAGCGGGGCGGUCCGGUACGGUCCGGUACAGCUCGGUACGGCUCGGUACGGCUCGGUACGGCUCUGCUCGGCACGGAACUGCCCGCCCCGCACUGCGGCCUCAUGGAGCAGCACGGCCCCGGCAGCGUCCUGUUCGGCUGUGAGCUGACUGCCAGCACCAAGUCCUACACGUUUCAGGUGGAUGAAGAUGAUGACUCUGACCAUGUUUUGGCCCUGUCUGUGGUGUGUCUCACUGAUGGUGCCAAGGAUGAGUGCAACGUGGUGGAGGUCAUUGGGCGAAACCACAAGAACCAGGAGAUCUCUGUGCCGGUGGCAAACCUGAAGUUGUCGUGCCAGCCCUUGCUGAGCCUGGACAACUUCAAGCUGCAGCCUCCAGUGACGUUCCGCCUGGCAGCGGGCUCUGGCCCCGUGCACCUCGCCGGCUGGCACCAGAUCUUGCACAGGGAUGAUGCUUCCUUCGAGGAGUUUGAUGAUGAUGACAUGUCUGAGGAGGAGAUGGCGCCCAUCGUGCCUGCCAAGAAGGAGAGAAGGAAGCAGUGACUCGUAUCCCAGCAAGGUACUCGCUGGGAUGUCUCCACAGACAGCUGUUACCUCAGACACCUCCCGUCACAACCUCAACUUUUGCUGUGUUUUUGGAAUUUCCUGUUGUACCUCCUGGGGGUGGUGGGCAGGGGCUGCUCCCAGCACUGGGACGUCUCCUUUCCCACAUCCAUGGGAGGUGAUCCCAUCUCCCCAUACCCUCGCUGGGGGUCAGGGAUGGCGGUCCUCACCCUGUGCCUUUUUGCUGCCCUGGACCUCUGCUGUGUGCACAGCCCCCCUGGCUCUGCAGUGCCUCGUGUAUCUCUUCCCCAGCAGCAGCGGGAAGCAGCAUCCUCCCUUGCAGGGUGGUGCUGUGGGAGCUGACUUCUGCUGUGAUUUGAGGGAGGUUCCGGGUCGCUCCGCUUUGUAGGACGGUUUUUACACACUGAAUAAAGGUGGGGGUUUGGUGCGGAGGCUGCCAGGUUCCUCCCGUG